AUGUCCGGUCCGGUGCACACGUACGGCGCGACCUGCCUUCGCGCAACUCCGAAACAAGAUCUGGUCGCUCUACGGUCGUCCUCUACGCCUCCCCAAGUCCACGCCCAGUUCUUCUACACGUCGUCUCUUCCUAUCGAUGAUCCCCUCACGCCCUUGCCUGCUCCGACGAACUCGGCGACCUCGAAUGCGGCCUCUGUGCCUCAGCCAUUUUCCGCGCGAGACAAUAUUACAUUAGAGCAGACGUGGAGAGCGCUGGAGGCCUCCCGAAAUGCAAGGCCUCAACAAGAAGCUAGCGAAUCGCUCCAGGGGUCUAGAAUAUCUACUUUGAUUCUUCGCGGGAAGCAAUCUCUGGAAAAUGCCACAUCUGUUUCGGGACCCAGCCUUGCGGCGAGAACUUCAGAGGACAUUGCGAUCAAUGACCAAAGAGAAAGGGGACAAAGUUUAAGCACAACCGGCCAAAGGAGUUUGGGGAAAUCAGCGUCUCUCAAGAAGAGGGAUAUCUCGCCCCUAGGGAGGCGCAUCAAGUCUGCAAAGCGCACAAGUGCUUCUUCUCCGGGCGCAGAAGACGAAGGAUUUGACUUUUCUACUUCUCAUGAGGGACAGCCUGCUGGCAAUCACAUCAGUGGGUCUCCAUUCGCUAGAUCUUCAUCGAGACGGUCGAAAUCACCUUCAGAAUCUACUUUGGGAGACGGAACAGAACGUAACAGCGCUCGAUUUGAAGCGUCAGCUCGUGACUUUAAAGAUACCGACACAAAUCUUGCUGGCGAUGCUCAUUUGGCCCAGGACACUGAGGCUGCAGGAGAAGACACUGAAAAUGAUUCUGCAGAAUAUAAGAUACCCGUUGGGGUGUCGCGUCUUCAUUUGGUGGAACUUCCGGGACUAAAGAUGAAACCGAUUUAUUGGAGCCCUCUACAUGACAUAUCAGACGUUCUUCGCGCUACCUGGUUCUACAAAAACACGAUGCUCCCUAUCGAGCCACGGCUCGCAAAUGAACUGGAGAAAGGCUACCACUACAUGCGUGCUUGGACAGAGACUUGGCAAGAUGAGCUGAACAGCUGUGUCGAAAAUGGAGCCGAGGCCGAAACGAAAGUCAUGUAUAAGUUGUGGGAAGAUGAUAUCACGGCUGCAAGCACAGCUACAAGCCGGCCUAGUACGAUGCAGGACGGGGGUUCUCUCCCAAAUGCUUCAAAUGAUACUGCCAAGGAAGAUAAAAAGAACUUUUCAUUUGCACAGAAUGUAUCUGCAAGCGGGUCGGACAACGAGCCAGAGACGAACCCUUUCAAGCAGUCGAGUGUCAUCUUCGUUGACGGCAAAGACGCCCAAAUUCUCCGACCAAGCCUGCUUCCUUCUGUUUCGAGAAAUCGUCGACCGCUCAGCCCGAUUCGAAAGGGCCGCCAAAUCGGCAUCCCAGUUGUUCGUGGGUUUGAUAGAAAACAGUGGGAUGAGCUUCAUCCUACCAAACAAACAAACAUCGACAUGAGGCACUAUAUCAUGCGACCUCAGAUGAGGAAUGCUAGAGGGGGCCAAAUAUGUUAUGCAUGUGCUAUAGAGGAGUCCCGCCCGAAUCCAUCGGAUUUGAUUUUUGUCAUUCACGGUAUUGGUCAGAAGUUAUCGGAGAGGAUGGAGAGCUUCCAUUUUACUCACGCCAUAAACAGUUUCCGAAGGUCCGUGAACAUGGAGCUAAACAAUGAAGAAAUCUGGCCCCAUAUACGACAGGACCAUGGAGGCAUUAUGGCGCUUCCUAUUAAUUGGCGGUCCACGCUUUCGCUUGACGAUGCUGAAGCUGAUCCUUUGAGCGUUGAUGACGACCCAACCGCCAACCAGUACACGCUCAAAGAUAUCACGGCUGAUACGAUACCAGCAGUCCGUUCGCUCAUCAGUGAUGUCAUGCUAGAUAUUCCGUACUAUCUCUCUCACCACAAAGACAAAAUGGUACGAGCGCUCGUGAAGGAGGCCAACAGGGUGUAUCGGCUUUGGUGUUUGAAUAAUCCUGGGUUCCAUGAGCACGGAAGAGUCCACUUGGUCGCCCACUCGCUUGGAAGCAUUAUGGCUCUAGAUGUUCUGAGUAACCAGCCAACCAAGCUUCCUGACAUUGAUUUUCAUCGAGACGAGUUGCACAUGGACUUUUUUGAGUUUGAUUCGAAGAAUGUCUUUCUCUGUGGUAGCCCUGCCGGUCUUUUCUUGCUGCUCAACAAAGCAAAUCUUCUUCCGCGACGAGGUAGGAACAAGCCAGGCAGAGAAGGGGAAGAUAUGCAACGAGGCGUUGCUGGAGAGGCAAAGAAAUACGGUUGCGUGGCAGUUGACAACCUGUAUAAUAUUAUGCACACUACUGAUCCUAUUACCUACCGACUGAACGCAGCCGUGAGCAGCGAGCUGGCCGAGUCUCUAAAACCCGCGUCUGUGCCUAGCUCAUCUUCUUCAUUUUUCUCUUCCCUGGGCAGCGUGUUCCGGUGGAGUUCAGCCAACAAGGGGAUAGGAUCAAAGACGCCCUCUCGCCCUGCUGCGGUUAGCAAACUACCAUCCAAUGUUGAACUCGAGACACACGACUUUAACCGUGAAGAGAUUGCCGAAACUCGAAUGCUGCUGCUGAACGACAACGGCCAGAUUGAUUACUAUCUCUCUGGCGGUGGCGGACCACUGAAUAUUCAAUAUCUCAACAUGCUAAGCGCCCACAGCAGUUACUGGAUUCUGCCAGACUUUGUGCGGUUUGUCGUUGUUGAAAUCGCAAGACGCCAGGACAAAGAUGGCACAAUACCGGCUCUUCGUGCAGAGAAGAAGAAAGGUUGGAAAUCGUGA